UUUGUGCCCAGCUCCCUGGCCUUCCUCAGAGAGGCCACUCUUCCUCCAGUCAGCCCUGCUGCGCUCGGAGUUUGAUCAAGAAGAGCCUGGGAAGUCCUGCUGCGUGCUGAGCGGGUCGGGCACGCCCCCCUGACCUUCCUUCCAGCCAACCAGCUCCGAUAAGUGGGCAGGCCUUGUGUCUGGAGACCCGCAGACACGUUUGGGUGAUUCCUCCCGCCAUCAGUUGAGCAACCUCCUCCUAGGGCCUCAGCCCGGCUCCAGAUGGGAAGCUGCUGGCCAGACACACUGCCAUGGCCAACAGGACCAACGCCUCCGUCCCAUACUACAUCUACGAAUACUACCUGGACUACUUGGACCCCAUUCCUGUGGACGAGAAGAAGCUAAAAGCCAACAAAUAUUCCAUCGUCAUUGCGUUUUGGGUGAGCCUGGCUGCUUUUGUGGUGUUCCUCUUCCUCAUUCUGCUCUACAUGUCCUGGUCAGGAACCCUGCAGCUCAGGAGCAAUCACCAGAACCACCACCCCUGCUCAUGGACUCACAGACUCAACCUCCCCUCCUGCAUCCGGAGCAUUUCCCAGGGGACACCAGAGGAGCCCCGAAGUGAGCCUGGUGCCGGCCAGCGACUACGGCGGGAGAACCCCUCUGCCUCGCCUCCAGUGGCCCUCAGCGUUCCCUUUGGGGAACAGGCCGUGGAUGGGGAGUCACAUGGAGCCAGCUGAAGUCAGAAACAAGCCCCGGGUGGGCUGAGCUUGCAGAGAGGACUGUCACCAGCAAAGCAGUCCUGACCGAGCGAACUGGCGAAAUGAAACAACAGGGACACAGGCUGCUUACAGGGAGCAGGAAAUGUGGCCAUGCCCAAGACAACUCAACAAGGGGACCCGCCACACGCUUUGGCAAAGGCUUGCCCAUGGCCCAGAGAGAAGUUGUCCCAGUUAUGACUGCUUUUAUUUAGCAUGCUUUAAAGCUGCUUGCUUAUGCUGAUGUUCGCUUUGAGGCAAGUUGGUAGGUAAAUGUACACGUCCAUUAAAAAUAAGUAUUUACUCACCUUUACCUUUCUGCUCAACUGUCCUGUAAAAUCGUCCCAGUGUGCUCACCCACCUGUUAGAAUUCGGGGGACACAUCCUCCAGUGACAUCCAGUGCAG